UUAGAAAUGAGUUGAUGCAACGUCAAUCAACAAACAAAACCAAGCACUGGCCCAUCGCUACACCCUCAAUCAUAAAUAUGACAUGGAAUAUCCUGGGAUUGAACCUAGGCGUCCAGAUGUCUGCUCUUAACCACGUAGACUACGACACGAUCCACCUUUCAUAUUUGUGAUGUAGAAUGUCAGCGAUAAACGCCAUUACUUUUGAUUGGUUAACUGUUAUAGGAUUCAUGACUGCUGACGUUUCAGGUAUGGCCACUUUUCGUGUAUGAGCGUACAGAAUUACGACGGCUGGCUUUGAAGGUCAUUGUGCAUAUAUCGCUCUCGGAUAAAGUAUCUACGAGUCAGACCAAAUAAUGCAUUAGACAAUAACCCAGUAGAUUUUUGAAUGCCCUGUGACAAACCCUGUGUUUCUAGGCCCCGUCGUUGAUUUGCUAUGGAUGCUUAAAAUCAAAUUUUGCUUUAUCGCGUGUUAGUGCUGGUCAGAUGGUGUCAAAAGUCAGUGGUUGAAGGACGCGCUUUGUGGUGUUUUGUGUUACGUUACCCAUUUUCAUACAGCACGACGCAGAGAGAUGUUCCCAGCCCUAUAAGUAUCUCUGACGCAACAUUCAUGUUACCAACGCGUACACACAGCCUCCCAUCCAAUGGUUACCAGGACUUGCCCAGAGGGUAAAAUGAAGCCGACCACUGACCACCAUCUUCUGUCCAGGUUAAGAAUAAAUGGAUGUUUACCUCCACUCCCACAAGUCUUCAUAGCGUGGUGAUCAAACACAGCCUCCAUUUUGAGGCGAGCUCGGCAAGAUGUAGCAGAUAAAUGUUUGCCCUUCAGUUAAGAACUGAAUGCACGGAGCUUGAAGCAUUCUUGUUAGAAAUGCUGUAGGUGAAGUGAAUGAUGAACAUUACCCACUGCUCUAACUGGAGGGAGUGAAGUUUGUGAGAUUCAUUCAAUAAAACAACCGAAGCAACUUCAAGAGUCACUCAUCAAGAUGGCUGCCACAGCUGGUCUAGUUGGCACGCUUCUAAUGCACAUAUGUACUAACUAUGAAGCUAUUAUGGAAGGCACUCAGACAGACGGGGAACACAUUGGGUGUGAUUUAUGGACGCCAAAACUUUUUCAUGGCAAGACUUUCACCAUCGCAGCGCUGAAAGAGUUCCCAUUGAGUUACCUGGAAGACGGAAUUCCUAAAGGCAUUGUCUUUGACUUCGUUGAGAUCCUGAGGGACAAAUAUGGAUUUAAUUAUACAGUAAAAUUUCCUGAAGAUAAUAUCAUAGGAGAUGCGGACACAGGGAUAAUCAGCAUGCUUCACAAAAAGGAAGCAGACAUAGCCGCAGCUUUCCUACCCGUGUUCCACGAAAUGGACAACCUAGUGAACUGGUCAACUACUCUGGACGAGUCCAACUGGGUCGUGAUGUUGAAGCGUCCUUCGGAGUCUGCCACGGGAUCCGGUCUUUUGGCUCCGUUCGACUCGACGGUGUGGAUUCUUAUCCUCGUCUCCCUCAUAGCCAUCGGGCCUACUAUAUACAUCAUCGUCCUGAUCAGGGCGAUGCUCUGUAAGGGAGACGAAGUGUUGACGACAAUCGUGCCUCUGGACAACUGCGUUUGGUUUGUGUACGGUGCGUUAAUGAAGCAGGGGUCCACGCUAAUGCCGAUGGCUGAUUCGACUCGUCUGCUAUUCGCGACUUGGUGGAUCUUCAUUACGAUUCUUACGUCGUUCUACACGGCCAACCUAACAGCUUUCCUCACCCUGUCCCGUUUUACCCUGCCUAUAGAUGGCCCCAAAGAUCUGGCGAAGAAUAAGGCUGGAUGGAUAGCGCACAGGGGAUCUCCUUUGGAGUACGUAGUCCAGAACGACAAAGACUACGAAUAUCUUAACAAAAGCGUCCGAGACGGGAAAGGUCGAUUUGUGGAUCUGGCGGACAUCGAUAUAUUCACCCUAGUGAAAAACAAGAAACUGCCUCUGCUUCGGGAAAAACGUUCUGUUGAAUACUGGAUGUUCCGAGAUUACAUGACCAAGACGGAGAACAGCGUUCCAGAAAAUGAACGAUGCACUUUCGUUGUCACGCCAAAUUCUUUCAUGAUCCACGGUAUUGCGUUCGCGUAUCCCAAGGACAGCGUUCUCGGGAAGACAUUCGACCCGCUGUUCCAGUCCCUGGUGGAAUCGGGCAUCGUAAAACACUUACUGAAACAGGGACUACCGCCUACGGAGAUCUGCCCCCUUAACCUGCGUAGUACAGAAAGACAACUACGAAAUGGCGACCUAUUCACUACAUACAUGGUCGUUGUAGUCGGUUUCAUCUCAAGCAUUGUCGCCUUUAUCGGCGAGGUACUGUACACAACUAUGAAGAGGUGUUCUAUGAGCAGCAAAAUCAGGACUUCAGACGCCGAUUGGACAGGGGAUUAUGGUUAUAAGAAAUCAGAAAUGUUGCCUCCUCCCUACUCUGUGCUUAUGCAACAACAGCAUGGCUUAGGAAAACAUCAGAUCAUCAACGGACGAGAUUAUCUGGUGAUAAAUUCAAAAUCAGGUGACUCUCAGAUCAUACCAGUUCGUUCGCCAUCUGCAUUUUUGUUUCAGUACUCUGCUUAAGUUUAUAGAUGGUUGAGUUACAAACAUAAAAAUUUUUGGUAAUAAAAUCACUUUUUAAUAUGUUGUUUUCCACUAAUAACAAAUAUUAAUUCUAUAUUAACUUCCUCCAUGACGCAAAUGACGGGUAUCACGUACCAGAAAAAUCUUUGAGUGUCGUUGUAAAAAAUUGUUCAGCCAUUUCAUGUUAUUCAGUUUUAGUCAUUAGACAACCAAUUUCUGAUACAUUACUUACUAUGGGAAUACAAAACAAAGAAAAUGAUUUUAUCUUAAGGAUAGCAGCGUUGAAAGAGUUAAUGUUAUCACAAUCGUAACAUUUUUGUGUUACUUGUCGGCUUUAUAAAACAUUACAAUAAAUUCAAUCACAAUUUUAAUAUUUCAGAAGAAUUUUGGGUCUGUUGAGCCUUCUUCUUCGUAUAUCUCAAAAUAAUAAAAUAUAUAUGUCUUCGAAGAAACCCUGUGACCGAGAAGGCCACAAAAUAUGUGUACCUUAUUUGAAAUUCUUUUGCAGAAUGAAAUUUCUAUUAUGUUUUAAAGUAAAAUGAAAAAGGUAUGUAAAAAAAUUGUUUAAUAAAAUUAAUCUAACAGCAGCAAAUUAAUAUUGUGCCGAGUUAAUGAAUUAACCACGUUCAUUGAUCUCGUGAAACAAAAUAUAUUUGCAAAUACAUUUAGAAUAAUAUAUCACCUUUUAAAUGGCUGCAUCAAUGGAUGUUUGCAGAAACAAUAGAUAAGAAAAUAAAUAAAUUGCGUGACUAUUGUGCAAGUUAAAUUUUUCUAAUAUUUGUCUUCAAGAAAAAGAAGAAGACGACUUGGAAGUGUGGAAAUAUCCGAAAUCUCAAAUAAUCAUUCUUAAUUGUGUGUCAGUAAAAUUAAAACAUUCUUUGUUUUGUUAUUUUAUUUACGAAAAUCGAUUGUACGUUUAAUCAUUCAUGAUGGCGAGAGGGUUAUCAUUAAAAUGUAAAUUCAGAAACCAUUUCGUUUUACUCCGUAUUAUUGAGAUUAAAAUGUGGUAAACAUAAAGCGUGGUAAGUAAUGUAAAAUGAAAUGUUUACUUUGUAUAUAACCUGAUGUUAUAAGGUAAAUGUUAUUGUUUUUAUGUAAUAGAUGGCUGCACAUCUGGUUGAUACAAAUAUACUUUUAUGUUACGUGAUUUGAGGUUCCCACAGCUGUGAAAUAUGGUCUUCUGAGAUGUGACGCUAUGUAGUUUGUUGAUAGUUAACUAACGUACAACCAUAAAUAUACGGUGUUAAACCCACACCCAUAAUUUUAUUCUAUUGUUGUUUCUGUAUUAAUUUGUGAGCCGUGGCUGAAUUAAUCACGUGACUCUUACACAUUGGACAAUUUUAUGGUUUGUUUGCUCUUUAGUCAGACGAUAACAACUUUAAGUCAUAUUCACUAUAUGUUAAGUAUCACAUAUAUUUAAAAAUUUUAAAUGUCCGAAACACGUAGCUUUCAUACGAGUUCAUAAAAUGUAGCUCAGUCGACGUAGUGACUCAUGUCGACUAGACGAUAGAGGUUCGAACCCCGACGAGGGCAAUGGAUUCCUCCCUCAGCCUGUUUCCUAUACGUUGGCUAAAGUGUAACAAAAUGUUUAAUUUU